CAUGGCUGCGGCCACCCGGCGCGCACCCCAAAGCGCCGCGCCCAGCUCCCCGGAGAAGGAGGAGGAGGUUCUUGGGCUGAACCGGGCCGGCCCAAAAGAAGCGCAGCAGCAGCGGCUGAGCGUGGACGCGGCCGCGGCAGGACAGCGGGAUGUCCCUCCUGGUCCUGGUCUGGCUAGUUUCCUACUCUGCAGGCUCCCUGGGAACUCACACUGAGAUCAAGCGUGUGGCCGAGGAGAAGGUCACUCUGCCUUGCCACCACCAGCUGGGCUUCCCAGAGAAGGACACCCUGGAUAUCGAAUGGCUGCUGACCGAUAACGAGGGCAAUCAGAAAGUGGUCAUCACUUACUCCAGUCGCCAUGUCUACAAUAACCUGACUGAGGAGCAGAAGGGCCGAGUGGCCUUUGCUUCUAAUUUCCUGGCAGGGGAUGCUUCCCUGCAGAUCGAGCCCCUGAAGCCCAGCGAUGAGGGGCGCUACACCUGCAAGGUGAAGAAUUCGGGCCGCUACGUGUGGAGCCACGUCAUCCUAAAGGUCUUAGUGCGCCCGUCCAAACCCACGUGUGAGCUGGAAGGAGAGCUGACGGAAGGCAGUGACCUCACCCUGCAGUGUGAGUCCGCCUCGGGCACCAAGCCCAUUGUCUACAUCUGGCAGCGGGUCCGAGAGAAGGAGGGUGAGGAUGAACAUCUACCUCCCAAAUCUCGGAUUGACUACAACCACCCAGGACGAGUCCUGCUGCAGAAUCUCACCAUGUCGUCCUCGGGGCUGUACCAGUGCACAGCGGGCAAUGAGGCGGGCAAAGAGAGCUGCGUGGUGAGAGUGACUGUGCAGUAUGUCCAAAGCAUAGGCAUGAUUGCAGGGGCGGUUACAGGCAUGGUGGCAGGAGCUGUGCUGAUAUUCUUCUUGGUGUGGCUGCUAAUCCGAAGGAAAGACAAAGAGAGAUAUGAGGAAGAAGAGAGGCCUAAUGAAAUUCGAGAAGACGCGGAAGCCCCCAAAGCGCGCCUGGUGAAACCCAGUUCCUCUUCCUCAGGCUCUCGCAGCUCCCGUUCUGGCUCGUCCUCCACCCGCUCCACAGCAAAUAGUGCCUCACGCAGCCAGCGGACACUGUCUACGGAAGCAGCACCUCCGCCGGGGCUGGCCAGCCACGCAUACAGCAUAGUGGGAACAGAAGUGCGGGGCUCGGAACCCAAGAAGGGCCACCCUGCUACCCUGACCAAAGCCGAAACCAUGCCCAGCAUGAUCCCCAGUCAGAGCAGAGCCUUCCAAACUGUCUGAGAGUGGACAACACACCCCAGCUUGCCUCGGACCCUCCAAGCUCUUGAAGCUGAGUCACCAGCCACACGCCCCCCUACCUUGAGCCAGGAGAGGCCCCACAUUCUCCAUGGGCUUGGCUUGGGCUAGAGUCCAUGUGCGGACUUCUCGUGCAGGGCACUGAAGUAGGAAGAGGAGUUUCACUGAUGGUCUCUCCAAAGGCAUCUCACGUCGCCUUUGCUCCAGAGCCAGGACAGCAGGAGUCUAAAUCUGUGUAUUUUUUUUGACCAGAACCUGGGGUAAAAGCAAACAAACAAAAAAUUGGGGAAAGGGGACGUAAACACACUUAAAAGUUCUCACCGAGAUUUUUUUUCUAUCAGUACUUUGUUCACCGUUGUCAAGAAGAAAUAAGGUGUUCAUAAAUUUUCUAUGCAUUUCUGCAAACCUAGUGGAUUCUUUGGAUUCUUCAGAUAGUCGAGCAGAACCCACAGCCUUAUAUUACACCUCUCUGCACCAAGUACUGGGCUUACCACUUCUGAGAAACCCCUCCAGCCCCAAAAGGAAACAACUCUGAUUCUUUCUGACUUGACUUUGUGGAUUUGCCUGUAUGGCUGGGAUAUUCCUUUCAAAAGUUUAAAUCGUGGGAAAUGGUGAAUGAUAGCGUUUCUCCCACUCUAUCUACUAAAAAUCUUUCUACGUAUAUUGUACCUUUCUACUUACAUUGUAGCACUACAAAAAGGGGUUCUAAAUGUGUGGCAAGGGACUGAAAACUUUUUUUCUCGAGCAUGCCCAGAGGGUCACUGGCAAAUAUCAGAAAUAUAAAAACUGGAAUGACCAUGAAAUUUCCCCUCCAAUCACAGAACUCUUGGAUUUCACUGGGGCCAGAAAAAUAUAAGCACUAUGCCAUUUUCUGGUGUCUUUAGAAAGACGCUUUUCUAGAGAAGAGAUCUCCUAGGAUGUUGAAAAGACUAUCUGACAUCCAUCAUCUCUUCUCUCGGAGAUGACACCAGAGUUUCAAGACUAUACUAAAAAGGGUGAUUAAUUUUCUCUUCAUAUGGCAGUGAUUGGUAGAAAGAAGUUUAGCAUUAUGCCAAAUGGGGAGUUUCCUCCAUUGAUUGUAGGAAAAAGCUAUGAAGCUGGGACUUUGGAUAAUUCUAGGCCUUAAACUAUCAAAAAAGAUCAGGGAUUGUCAGCAUUUCCCAGGGGCAUUCAAAGUAUGUCCUAAUCAAUCUCACUUGAGAAGUAGGGAGAGAAAUGCAGGGUUUCUCAACAGGAAGUCUGGUCCUAGACUGGAAGGAAAGGAAAUUGACUUUCAGGGAAGAUCUAAGGAGAAUAAUAAUGGGUGACAAGAGGGGGGCACGUUAAUCCCUAUUC